CAGAUGUCGCCACUUGUGUCGUCUGUCAACGUAACAGCUGUCAAACCGUUGACGUUCUUUUUUGCAAGAGGUUUUACCUUUGACGGUAUGGUGUGUAACAAAAUCGCGAAAAAACCGUGCAAAAUUGUUGACUGACGAAGGAAUAAAGUGUUUUUUAUACACUUGUAUCUGCAAAAACUCAAAAUUCCGCCAAAACGCUCACGCCAACCCAAAGGGUGGCUUCCGAAGGGUUGCAUUGUGGACGAAGCUUCCCCGGCUACUAGCAGUGCAUUUCUCCCAUACAAUUGGAGAAUAUUCUUGAACGGAGAACCUCCUUGGAACUGCUGAUUCCCGCAGCGAAAAAGUAACACCCGCUUUUUAAGACAUCCUGAGCAACUCUGAGCACAGGUUGCCUCCUUGCUUAUUACAACACAAACUCUUAAAUACAUUUAAUAAUUAUAUCUUUAUACCAUUUUAAUUCAAACAAACAAGAUGAAAUUCACAAAUACAGAUGAACGCGUUCACGUUUUGGAUGCACAAUCUAAUGUUUGGUCCGUCAUUAUGGACAUUGCCGAUUCUGGAGUACAGGAAGAAGCUUUUUAUGUGUGCGACGUUGGAGAUAUAGUCAGGAAGCACAAGACUUGGAAGGCGUUUUUGCCGAGAGUACAACCACAUUAUGCUGUUAAAUGCAACGACAGCCUGACCGUCCUCGAAGUCCUUGCCGCUUUGGGCACCGGCUUCGACUGCGCUUCCAAAGGCGAGAUCAACAAAGUCCUCUCCCUCGGCGUCAGCCCUGACCGCAUCAUCUUCGCAAAUCCCGCCAAGCCCUCAAGUCACAUCCGACAUGCUGCAGCCACCAACGUUUCAACCAUGACCUUCGACAAUGAAACCGAACUCCACAAAAUCAAAAAUUUCCACCCCGACUCGAAACUCGUCAUUCGCAUUCGUUGCGACGCCACCGACUCCCAAUGCCCGCUCGGCAUGAAAUUCGGCUGCGACCCCGUCCUGGAAGCCCCCCGACUGCUGCAAACAGCCCGCAGCCUCAAUCUCAACGUGAUCGGCGUGAGCUUUCACGUGGGCUCGGGCUGUCGCGAACCUUCGGUCUUUAAACGAGCCAUUGCCAUGUCUCGUGAAGUGUUCGACCUGGGGCAAGCCCUCGGCUACAACUUCACGCUCCUGGACAUUGGCGGGGGGUUCCCAGGCGACCGCGGAACUUCGCUUGACGAAAUCGCACAAGUUGUGAAUUCGGCCCUUGAUCAUUAUUUCCCGGACCCGUCUGUGGAAAUAAUCGCAGAACCGGGGCGUUUUUACGUCAGUUCUGCCUACACGCUCAUUUGCAACAUUCAUUCGAUUCGGGACGUUAUCAGCGAAGAUGAGACAACGCGCCAUAGGAUGUACUACAUCAAUGAUGGGGUUUAUGGAAGUUUCAAUUGUAUUUUGUACGAUCAUCAACGGGUGGUUCCCCUGCCGUUGCAUGAAGUCCCCGGGUCGAAGUACUACUCGAGUAGCAUCUGGGGGCCCACGUGUGACGGGUUGGACCAGGUUGUUGAGGAGGUUUUGCUUCCGGAGAUGGGGCUUGGCGAUUGGCUCGUUUUUGAAAACAUGGGGGCUUAUACUCUUCCAGUUGCGAGUCCUUUUAACGGUUUUCCCGUGGCGAAAGUACACGUGGUUGCCGAUGAAAGUAUCUGGGUGCUGUUGAAGGAUAUAAUGCCGCUGACGGAGGAGCAUUUCGUCAUGGGGGAUUUACCGGCUAAUGUCAGUAUUGAAAGUGGAGGAAACGUCGCUAUUGAACUACCAAUUAGGAUGCAAGUUACCGGAAAUGACUCCAUUAUUGAGGAGCACGUUCUCGAGUUUGCAUUCUAGCAUAAAUGUGCUUCGAUAGGGGUAAAAAUAUUGGAAAAAAUUGAAAAAAAAUAUAAAAAACCGGUUUCUUUUUAUACUAGUAUAGAGAUAUAAUUGUAAAAUGUUUUUAGUAGUGCGAAUAUUUCUAUUCGAUAAUAUUAGAACAGGUAUUAUUGGCUAGGAAUAUUCAUAGUAUAAGCAAGGGGGCAACUAAUGCUUAUUUACUUUGGAUUCAAUUUAAUGACAGUCUAGUACUUUUCUGGCUUGAAAAUUCACUAGGGUGUUUUAUUGUUCUAUUACUGUGCUUGUAGAUGUAGAAAUUAUAAAAUAAAACUUGCAAUCAA